CGUCCGAUCCAGAUCCAGGGGAGGAGACUCCACUUCUCAGUGCUCACUCCACACUCAAUCUUUGGCGAUAGAGAUACUUUCCUCACUCCACACUCAAUCUCAAGCUGGUUGGCUCCCCGGCCGUCCCGCUCGUCGCCUCCACAUCGCCGUCCGGGACGCAGCUCAGCUCGCCGUAUCUGAACCUAACCAGCCGCACCGGCGCAGCAGCAGGCGGGCAGGCAGGCAGGCGGGCAGGCGGCGAUGACCGAGGCCGCCCUGGGUGCGGCACAAUGGGUGGUGGAGAAGGCGCUAGGCCCCGUUGCAGAUGGCGUGCUGGGGGCUUGGUCAGCCACCAGCAACUUGGGUCCCAACAUCGAGGCCCUGAGCACACAACUGCUGCUCGUCAAGGCCACGCUCCAACAAGCUGCACGCAAGGACAUCUGCGGUACGGCCAUGGAGGAGCUGCUGCAGAGGCUGCUCGACUCGGCGCGCAACGCCGAGGACUUGCUGGACGAGCUGGACUACUUCCGCAUCCACGACGAGCUCCACGGCACGUACGAUGCUGCUGACCAGCACGGCAAGGGCUGCGUCUGCAACCUCGCCCUCAAUGCUCGCCACACCGCAAAAGCUCUUGCCAAACAGCUGUCGUACUGCUUUGGUGCCAACACCGGUGGCGAUCACCGGCAGGGAGUAGCAAGGCAAAAUGUCAGUUGUUGUGCAGCUUGGCCGUGUGGCAGGCAGAGAUCACCUGGUGGCGAUUCAAAUCAGGCUGGUCAGGAGCUUAGUGGAUGCAUGCCCAAGCUCAGUAAACUCCUCCCUUGCUCAUCUUCCCCGCAUCCACAUGUUCAUGGUGAUCAAGUUGGCGCCAAUGCGCAAGGAAAACCAAUGCAUGAGUUUAAUAGGGUGGAUUUCUCCCAAAGGAUGAAGGACACUGUACAGCAACUAAAGCUUAUGCGCAACGAGGUUACCAAGAUUCUGCAAGGUUGUGGCCCUAGAACCAUCCCAGACAUUGCUCAGAGCCGUCCCAUCACCAAAGGUCGAAUUGAUGAGCCAAAAAUGUACGGGAGGGAUCGUGUCAUGAAUAGCAUCAUACAUGAUAUCACCCUGGGUCAAUACCGUGACAAGAGUCUGACUGUGCUUCCGGUUGUGGGUCCUGGGGGAAUGGGGAAGACAACUCUGAUACAACACAUAUAUCACGACCAACAGGUGCAGAAUCAUUUUCCAGUAAUGAUUUGGAUAUGUGUGUCAUUCAAUUUCAAUCUGGAUAAGGUGUUUGAACAGAUUAAAGUAGGUACUCGUCCAGUUGAAAGUGAAAAGGAGGGCAGUACAAUUGAAGAGUUGAUUGAAGAAAGAUUGAAAUCUAAAAGGUUCUUACUUGUAUUGGAUGAUAUAUGGCAGAUUAGUAAUGUGGGUGACUGGGAAAAACUCAUGUCGAUACUCAACCAAUCACAAGAAAAAGGUUCCAUGGUUCUGGUCACAACCCGGUUUCAAGCAAUAGCACAGAAGGUUAAACCAACUGGCCAUUCAAUAGAACUGGACGGUUUAAAAUCUGAAGAGUUUAGAAAGUUAUUCCUUGCAUUUAUCUUCGGUGAUGAGCAAUGUCCAAGGGACAAACAUUUUCUGCUUGAGACCGCAGAUAAGAUAAUGGAAAAACUAAAGGGCUCCCCUCUUGCAGCAAAAACUGUUGGUAGAUUACUGAGUAAAGAACAUAGUUUGUAUCAUUGGAAAAGGGUUCUCAAAAGUAAAGAAUGGGAAAAGCAAACCGAUGGAAUUAUGUCUGCCUUGAGGCUUAGCUAUGACUUUCUCCCUUUCCAUCUCCAGCAAUGUUUUUCCUAUUCUGCAUUGAUUCCUGAAGAUAUACGUCUGAGAAGCUAUGAUCUCAUCAGCCUGUGGAUCGGACUAGAUAUUUUGAUACCUAGUGAUCAAAAUCAAACAUUUGAAGAUAUAGGUUUGAGCAAUUUAACUGAGUUAGUCAGUUAUGGAUUUUUCAAGGAAGAGGAAACUGAUGGUGUUUUGUUAUAUGUUAUGCAUGACCUACUACAUGAUUUGGCAAUGAAGGUUGCAUCGCAUGAUUGUCUUUGUUUAUGUCUCCCUAAUGUUGGAUCAGUGGAAAUUCAGCCCACCACCCAUCACUUGUCUAUAACCAUACACGACUUAGGCAAAUAUGAUGCAGUGUCAGGUGAAAAAUUAAGAAGUGAAUUGGAAGAACUGAAGACAAAAUUGAAGGUUGAACAUUUGCACACAUUUAUGUUAUUUGGUAAAAUGGAUGGAAGUUUGGCCAAGAUAUUUGGUGAUUUUCUUUGGGAAGCAAAUGCUCUUCGCGUUCUUUAUUUGCUUGACAUGAUGUAUCCCAUGGAGUCCAUGUUACAUAACUUUUCAAGACUUGUCCACCUACGAUGCCUAUGUCUAGGGACAUGUGACAGAGAGAUGCAUUUACCACUCAACAUCUCUAAAUUUUAUCAUUUAAGGGUUCUAGAUCUUCAGCCAUGGGAAGGGAGUUGUGAUUUGCCCGAAGACAUGAGCAACCUUGCCAAAUUGUGCCAUUUUUAUGCCCCAGGUGAUGGUCAGCUUCAUUCUGAUAUUUAUAAUGUGGGAAAACUUAAACUCUUAGAAGAGUUGAAGGUAUUUCGAGUCAAUAAAAAAAGUGAAGGAUUUGAACCAAAGCAACUAGAGCAUUUAAGCAAGCUCAGGGAGCUUGGCAUCUACAACCUUGAGAAAAUACACACAGAAGAAGAAGCAGCUCAAGCAAAACUGAUAGAGAAAAACUACCUGAGAAGGUUAACAUUGUGCUGGGAUAGUGAGCGAUCUAGUGUUGAGCCUAGCGUGGAAGCAGCGGUUCUUGAGAUCCUUCAGCCACAUGGAGAUCUUCAGGUGUUGUGCAUUAGAGGGCAUGGAGGUCCGUCUUGUCCAACAUGGCUGGGUGAUGAGUUUGCUGUUGAGGCUCUACAAUCUCUUUAUCUGGAUGGUGUUUCUUGGGAAGUUUUCCCUUCAUUAGGGAAGGCGUGGGAUCUUCAUGAAUUAAGGUUGGAGAAUAUUGCCAGACUGAAGGAUUUUAUCGUAGAGAAAAGCUUUUGCAGGCUAAUAAAGCUUACACUCAUUGGCCUAGGAAGUUUUGAAAAAUGGGUUUACACAGGCGAACAAGAGUCUUCCGUUGAUGGAGACUUGUUGCCACCGGAUGCUCAUAUGUUCCCACUUUUGCAAGUGCUUAUUAUUAGGAAGUGCCCGAAACUGUUGGGGUUUCCUUUCCCAAACCACAUUGUUUCCCCAGAUUGGUUCCCCAAGCUACAAGAGCUUGAGGUAACCGGCUGUCCAGAAUUCUCGUUAGUGAUUCUCAUCUCCUGGAUUGAAAGUCUGCGUCAUGUCAUGAUGGAAAAUGUAAAGCUACCAGCGCAUUUUUGGUACUCAAAAUCAUCCAGUGGAGCAGAAUUGAACAUUUUUGGAGAGGCUGAUUUGCAUAGCAUAGACCAAGUGUUAGUUUUUGAUAAAGAAACAGAUGUAGAGAAGCUGACACUGGAAAAGUGCCCACCUCUGGAGUUGAAGCACCUUCUGAUGCUAACCUCGCUGAAUACACUGAUUGUACGAAGUUCAGUUGGUCUAGUUGGAUCACUUGGAGGAGGUCAGAGUGAUGUGGAAUGGCAGCUCCCUGUUGAGAAAAUCUUGAUCGACAACUUAAAUGGUAAUACUGGCGAGGAAUUGACAGAGCUCCUCCCCCACCUCCCAAAGCUCUCCAAAUUGGAAAUGUGGACAUGUAAAAAUAUAAAAAAGCUGGUAGUGGGGGUGGAUGUGCAACAAACAACAUUAGAAGCAUCAGAUAUGGGGGGAGGUGAAAUAACAGCAGCAGCAGAGGAAGAGGAUGAUGGGGUGCUGCUCUUCCCACCUCAUCUCUGUGACAAACUACGGGUGUUGGAGUUCGAUGGCUGCUCAGAGCUGGUCCUGGUGGAUCUGCCAACUCUUGUUCCUGGAGGAGGAGGGCUCCAAGCCUUGCGAUCCCUCCAGAGAUUAAGAAUACGGUGGUCCCCAAAGUUUCUAUCCACCUUCUCCUUUUCCUGUCACAUAUUCCCUUCCUCCCUGCAGUUCCUGGAUCUUGCGGGUAUGCAAGGCAUGGGGACAAUGGAGCCCCUCUCAAACCUCAUCUCUCUCACCAGAUUAGAAUUGGAUAAUCGUGGAGAGGAUCUGAAAUGUCAGGGCUUGCAGUCUCUCGUUACCACCGGGGGCCGGCUCAAAGAAUUAAAUGUCAGGGGCAGCCCUAGAUUCUUUGCUGAUUGGGAUCCCAAUCCCAGACGGGCUUUGGAGGUUGCUGAGGGAAGUGAAGAGCAGCAGACACAGCUUGUUUCAUCAACACUGCGUGAGCUCUGGACGGAUGACAUAGCGGGACUCCUUGCUGCACCCGUCUGCACAUUCCUCUCCUCCCUCACCAAUCUGGCACUUUUUGGGUAUGGCUCUGAUGGGAUGGAGCGGUUCAGCAAGGAGCAAGAGGACGCCCUUCAACUCCUCUCCUCCCUCCAGGAACUUAAGUUUUGGUGUUUCAAGGACCUUCAACAACUCCCUGCAGGGCUGCGUAACCUUACCGCCCUCAAGAAAUUAUCAUUCUACUUUUGUCCAGCUGUCUCGUCACUGCCCAACGAUGCCCUCCCGAAUUCACUGGAGAAGCUAGAUGUCUAUGAAUGCAGCGAGGAGCUAAAACAGUACUGCAUCAGCACGAUACAUACGGCCCCUUUAUUAAGCAAGCAAACCAACUUCUGUCUAUACUAGCUUCAAGAAAUAUUUUCACUUGUACUCCUGUUAUAUUAGAUUUAUAAUUUCUUCUUGACGGCAGUGAAAAUAUUCACGAAUUGCUUCUCAGAGCCCAUUCCCGUUCUACAAGUCGAGAUGUAAUUACCAACGUAAUCUGUGAUCACCACAUUUGUUUUGGUUCUCUGUACAGAUGUCCGUUCAAUCUUAUUUCGCAUUUAAGUUUGGGUUAUUAUUGUCAUUCAUCAAGACAUGGUAGUCUACUUCUCUAUUUUCGGUGUCAUGAUCAAAGUAUCAUUAUGUCAUAAGAAUAGUAUAAAUGAGUGAAGCUACUGAUAAGGUUGGCUUUCUAGCCACUUGUGUUUAUAUUUGUCCGGAACUCGUGAAGACUUAUGGUAUACCUGGGAAGUACAGUUGAGGGAUCAAAGGAUCAUCUUGGCGUAAUUAUGGAAAACAGAUCUUCAGAAGAAUAAAUGGCAUAUAGAAGGAUGUAUCUUGAGAAUUCAGAAGGCCUCAUUUACCGAGUACUUUGUUCAUUCUGUAUUCCAAGUUAUGUGAUUACUUUGGGGGAAAGAUGUGGUCGACUGAGGCAGUAUUAUGCCACUGCAACGUCCACAUGAGAAUGCGUACCAAAUCCAUCUUAAGCACACGCUGGUUGCCAAGGAAUUGCUGCACUCGUUAUCAAUAGUAUCAAGUUGUUGCAGGAGAUUUUCGAAGGUGGCCUGUGCUGCACUCGUACUCGACGGCUCCAGCAAUGUGUGCACCUAAAACACUUUAGAACAUUCAUUCAUGAGAGAAUUGGCUGCCGAGGAGGAGGGUGAUGAAUUGACUUUGCAACAAGUCCAUGGAGUAAGAUUUCUGCAGAUCUACAGAGAUGCAAUAUGAUUGCUGGAGCCAUGCAUGCCAAGGAAGAAGAAGCAGAGUGACACAUUGGCUAGUCUAGCAGAAGCGUAGCCUGCAGCUUGCAAAGGAAUGCAGCUCCUCUGCAUGUAUGCAUGAGGAUACCUACCUACCUACCCGGUGAAAUGGUGAGCUUGUUAUUCUCAGCAAAGGAAUGCUGCUCUCAUCUCAUUUGGUUUGCUUACUGGAGCACACCGGACGUGUCUUGUUUCUAGCCGGAGGCUCCAUGCCCGCUGUGCCAAUGACAUCUGGCAAGGCUGAAACCGGUCAUUCUUCCUUAACCACACAAUCAUAAUAUUUGUGGAAGAUUUGUUGGCUUUAUGAAGCGAUGAGAAGACGUGGGAGUUUCAGAAUUGGCUGCCUGCCAAGGAGGGCGAUGAAUUGUGCGUGGAAUAUCUGAAGCCAUGGCAAGGAACCAGACUGCAUCAUCUUCUGAAGAAAUUGACACUUGUUAUGAUGUUGGUGACUGAAGAAAUCGACAGCCAGCGGUUGGUGCCAAACCGGGUGGGCUCAUCGUCGAGCGCCCUGGAGCUCAUCUUCCGGUUAUAUCUUGUGACAUACAAUUGUUAUUAUCUUGUGAUAAAACAUUGUAUGACGUCCAUAUAUAUUUACGUCUGUCUCGAGUCAUGAAGGCGCAUCGUCUGAGCUGUUAGUCUGUUUGGCAGCUCUAACUAGGAGCUAUAUAUGUCGCGAAAUCCUUGGCCAACUGCUCACUGUAGAAAGAUAAAAACACAUAGUAGAGCUGAUAAAAUUCAAUUCGCUUUUACAAA